AUGCACUCUUCCUCUAAGUUGAUAAUUCCUGCGAAGUCUGCGCAGGAUUCUCCAUAUGUACCCAAAAUACGCAUUUACUUACGUCCGUCUUCUUCUUUGGAUAAUAAUAGUGAUUUGGGAACUGAUAGUCUUAUGACGGAUUUAACGCAACAGAAUCAUAACGAGGCGAAUCAAGUUGAUCAAACCAUCACUACUCAUGAAUCGGAUAUUUCUCUUUCAAUCGAACAAAUCCAGGACGACGUACCUGUUAAGACUUCUCAAGAGCAAAUUCGAACUAGUCGAAAGCGAAAGUAUGUUGGCAACUUAGAUGAUUUUGAUUUAGAGUUGCCGAAUUCCGUACUUACCAAAGUCAAUUUAAGUGAAAUUAUUAACAUCAAAACCUUCGAAUCCUUGCCUAUUGAAUCUCGGAAAAGACUGCUUAAAUUGCUCCCAAUUCACGACCAGCAGCCCCCAGCAGAUGCCUCAAUUCCUUCAGGUGAAUCUGACUUAUGGAUCCAUCCAACUGCUCUUCGUAAUGAGUUCUUUAGCAAAGCUCUUCAGGAUUACUCAACUCGCCAAAUGAAUGGCGAUUUUUUUCCUCGCCUGAAUUCUCGACAGGGUCUUCGAAAGUCUGUUGGUAAUCGUCAACGCUAUUCCAGCUCUAUUUCUUCUCCUCAGCCUACAUCAACCUCCCAGUCUCCCUCCUCCACCAAAGAAAACCCCAGUAACCAUUCACCGUUAUCAACAAAACUUUCAACGGAUGCUGUAGUUAAAACUAAUCGUUUAGUUGACAAUUUAAAUGGUAGCGGGUUUCGCAACCGAUCUUCAGCUCUUCAAACAGCCCUCACUAAAGGAGAAUCAAGGGAGAACACGGAAGAAAGAAAUUCUAAGGAAACUAUAGACACAAUAAAGCUUACCACAGGGCCAAAGAUGGACCCGGAAGAUGUGUCAAUGCAGUCCGUUCCUGUGAAUUCCUCGGCUAAUUCUACCUCCUCCGAUAGCCCUUCUUCUAUUCCUCUAUCAACUACAAUACAAUCGUCGGUGACUAGCAUGACAAAUUCCUUUAAAACGAGUGAAGAAAGAGUAGAAGUACAGCGGACUGCAGCUUUACAUCAGACUUCCUCAGAGUCUGCUACAGUUCAGUCCACUCAACGCAGGCUCAAUAUGCCCAAGUUGGAAUCUACUCUCUUGCUGCAAAAUCCGGUUCAUCUUCCCCAAGACUAUCGAAGGAAAUCGGUGGGGACACCAGUAAGUACGGGAAGAAUUCUGCAGCAAACCAGUUUCUCAAGUGAUUCUUUGCCUUCAUCUUCUACUUCAAGCAGUCGUCAACCCCUGGUAGUUGAUAGUAGUAGCAGUCUGUCGCAAGCCCAGCAUAGAACUAAGAUACUGGCUGAUGUGAAAAAGAAUUUCAUUAAACGAAAAUUGCAACAGCAACAGCAAAAGCAGUCGCAAACAAGUCAGCCAGCCGAACAUUUAGUCCCCAACCAACCGAAUCCCAUUAAUAUCAGACCUCCCGGUGAAAAUCAGACGUCAUCAUCAAAUAACGUUACCCCUCGUGUGAUUAGUCCUUCUGUGCUGAUUCAACCCUCUGGAAAUAGUGUUUCCGCACCUGCUACCCCUCAGCAUGGAGUUAACGGUGGUGGCAGUAGCGGUACUAUAGGUGCUAUCCCAGUUCCCUCUAUCUUGUCUAAUUAUAUUGAAGCCAAAAUAGUUGUCACACCGUCGUGUUCUGGCUCUUCUGCGAGUAGUAAUGAUGAUAAUAACACUACCAGCACUACUCUCCCAGAUGUCGCCUCAGAACAACAAGUCGUUUCUGCUGAACGCACUUCAUCUCAGGAAACAACUCGUCAGCUAUCGAUCACCCCACAAAAUCCUCAAAUUCCCCCAUCUCUACACCCGCCUCAGUCACAACAAUUGGCUUCUCAAACAACAACAGGUGGGUUGUUAGCGCCAGCAACUACGACUAGAGCGUACUUUGUAGAUCGAAAUAAUCUCACAGAGACAUUAGCAUUACUUCAAUCCAUUAAUCCCCGUGCCACUGUUACUCAGCAGCAAUUCCUUCUCAUUCCUGGGCUGAAUAAAUCUCACGCCAUUCUCUGUAGAACUCCCAUCCCCAUUCAACCUCGACAGACGCCUCAGAAUUCUAUCCAGACUGCUACUACUGUUACUGUCGCCACUCAGCAAUCUCAGCCACAGCAAUCUGUGGUAGCUUCGCAACAGCAACAAAUCCUACGGAGAUCUUCAGGUUCGAGUCUUCCUUCUCAGCAACAGCAGCAGCCUGUUGUUACUAACAACCGGCCUCCACUAAUUCUACCUGUGAGUCGGGAAGUAACGACCCAUCAACAAGUAGUACCUCAGCAUCAGCAACCUGCUCCAGGAAUGUAUCGGGAGAUUUUGCCUGCCAAUGUGAAUAAUGGUGCUGGUGGUACUAAUUUGCAACGAUUUCCAACACCAGCGCCGAUUCAGCCUCAGCACCCCACUCAAGUCCAGCACCAAUUGAGCCCUGCUCCUGCAGCCUUUGUUGGUGCUGUGACACCAGGUGCUCUCGCUCAAUCAGCUCACGGAGUAAUUACUGUCAAUAUGCGCCCUGCCCAUAUUGGGGCCUCUAAUAUUACCGCCAGCAAUACCACAGCUGUUACUGCUGCCCAAAAUACCGGUAUCGUCGUUGCAACUACCACUAAUAAUAGCAAUUCAGCAGCCCAGCCACAAGCACAACCAGCAUCUUUCUUUCAACCCCCUCCUCCGCCUCCUCCUCCCCCUCCUUCAACCAAAUAA